CUUUCCCCGAUGUGACCUCUCGCGAGAGUUCGUGUCACCACGGCAGAGAAAAUGGAAGGCUGCGCUAGCUAACUAGCUAGCUGAGAUAAUCUCUCCGCAACUGGGAAACUGUCGUCCACACACGGAAGUCUUGGACAUCAGCAUGGACUCCAUGAAAAAUAACUGCUUCACAGAUGAUAGUAAUACAGAGGAAGAGCUGAGCCAGACAGAAGAAGCAGAGUCGAGUGUUCGGCCAUCCCUCUCGCAGGUCACAAAGUCCUGGGGCUUCAGACGGACAACCAUUGCCAGAAGAGAGUUCAUGGAAGAAGUUGGAGACCUCACACACAGCCCUCCACCUGUACGCAGGGGCAGGGCUCGUCGAACCUAUCAGACACCCCCCGCUGCUACAGAGGCCUGCAGCCCUCAGAAAGCUGCAUCUACGUCUAGGAGCGUUAUAGAUGAGCUUGAAUGGUCUGCACCUUCCUCACCUGCUUCAGAAGAGAGCAAGCCUGCCUCAGAAGCCUCUGCAGGAGGGAGUCUCGACCCCAGCUUAUGGCAGGACUUUGGGUCUGCCUUCCACACUGCUUUCUCGCUGCUAGGCGGGAAUGAGGACUUGUCAAUGGGCAUGUCAGAUGCACUUGCAGCCCCUGACAUUUUGGAGGCUACUAAUGCCAUUAAGGCUGUUUCUCCUCAGGGUAUAGAAGCUGAAGGGCCUGAUAAUAUGGAAUCUGCUGAUGAAAUGGAAAUUUCGCAGCCGCUUACUUCCGACUGUGCAUCAGACAGAAUAAGUGAUGUGGUGUUGAUCUCUAGUCAAGAGGACAGUGAUGACAUGACUCUGAUACAGAUUAAGGAGCAGCUGGCAUCCAAAGACAUUCAGGGAGACACAAAAGGUAGAGGGGGGAAAGGUGGAAGAGGAAAGGCCAGAGGAAGGGGUAGAGGCAGAGGAAGAGGUAGGGGAAAAGGGAAAGGAAGAGGCAGAGGGAGGGGCAGGGCAGUGGAGCUUCACUCAAUCAAUGCAGAUGAAGUGGACAAUGACGAUGAUGUGAUGUUUGUCAGUGCAGCUGAGCCGCAGCAGCAGUUGCAAGAGGAGAAACACGAUCCACACAUCCCUACUGAUCUAGUGAUAUCACCUGCUCACUCUGCUAUGACUCUGAGUCCUGCGCAACGAUCAAACUCAGACUGCAUAAUCAUAGACACUGACUUAGACCAGACUACCGAUGUAACUCCUGGCAAGUAUGAUGAUGCACCAGAGGAGGAGAAAUAUACAAGCAUAGCAGAAUAUUCAAGCAUAUCGGACAGUGAAGGUUAUGACUCCAAUGCUCUGUACUGCAUCUGCAGACAGAAACACAACAAAAGGUUCAUGAUCUGCUGUGACAGUUGCCAGGAAUGGUUCCAUGGCGACUGUGUUGGUGUCAGUGAGACACAAGGUAGUAAGAUGGAGAAGAAAGGGCAAGAAUAUGUCUGCCCCCCUUGCACAACCAAAAGGAAACUUCAGCCUUACCCUCAGCCAGAGCCUGAGCUAAGCUUUCCUGAGUGUUUGACACUGAGUCCUUCUGGCGAAGAAGGGGAGGAGCAGCAAUUCCUCAAGGAUGCUGUCGUGUUUGAGGAUGAGCAGGUGGAGGAGGAGGCCCCUAUGAUCAGACUAGAACCUAAAGCUGAACCUGAAGCUGAACCUGAAGCUGAACCUGAAGCUGACCCUGUACCUGAGCCUAAACCUGAAUCUGAAGCCGAGGUGGAGACAGACAGCUCUCUUCCCCUGUGCAUAGGACCCGGGUGCUUCAAGCAAGCCCUACAGGACUCUGUUUACUGUGGCACUGACUGCAUCCUUCAGCACGCUGCCUUCACUAUGAAGACACUAUCUGGCCCUAAGGUGCCGAAGUCCAGAGGACGGCUACAGAGAAAGGUUUCCAUUGCCAGACCAGCUGCAACGGGUCAGAGGUCUGUUAGGACGUCUAAGAGGUUAGCAGUGAAAGCUGAGGAAAAAGUUGAAGAGGAGGAGAUGAAGGAGGAGGAUGGAGGAAAUGGGGAGGCUGCAUCUCCCAUAUCCUGUGACCCCGUUCUCACAGAAGUUCAGGCCACUUCAAUACCAUCACCUAAGUUGUACACAGCGUCUAAUACAGACAAUGAACAAGUAGAGGCUGACAGUGAGGCUGCAACUCCCUCAAAUCAAUCUCCAGAGGACUCCUCUACAGAUACCAUUCCCUCUUCCCAUCAUGCCCCUGAGCCAGGCCCACCAAACAGAGACUCUCAAGAAGAAGCAAAAGAGCCAGAGGACAGUGGUGUGUCGAGGCCACAACCGGCUGAAUCCGAUCCCACAAUAGCACCCACUCAAGCUAUGUCUAGUCCAUCUCCGGCUGCACAAUCCCCUACCACCUCAGUGCUCAGACAUCAUGAAACCGGUGCCCUCAUGGUCACUAAGACCUCAUACGUCAUACCAAAGAAGCAGUCUGGACCUCAGCCUCCGUCAGUAUCAGCCUCAGCAUCCUGCCAGAAGUCGUCUUCAACCCUGACGCUGCUGAAUGAAACCCGUAACCUGCUUGUGCCUCCUGCGCCCAGCGCUCCCUCCUCCAGACCCUCUCAGCCCAACACCCAGGUCAGACAGAGCAUCCAGCGCUCCCUCACCGGCAUCCUGUUCAAAAGGGUGUGUGACUGUGAGGACAUGGACAUGUCUGAGAGUGACACUGCAAAGCUUGUCGCAAACAUUGAGAUGGAGAUGUUCGACAUAUUUCGCAACACAGACAGCAAAUACAUGAACAAGUACAGAACCAUAAUGUUCAACCUAAAAGACCCAAGAAACAAGGGCUUGUUGUAUCGGGUUGUACAAGGGGAUAUCAGUCCCUUCAGACUUGCAAGGAUGAGCCAGAAGGAUAUGCAGGCCACCAAGGCACCUGAACCAAGUGCAAAAGAAACAGCAGAGGUUAAGGAUGCUGCUGCUAAAGCAACACGUUUACAGCAGAAGCCGGAAGCAGUGAAGGUUGAUUUGCCCAGUUUGAAUCCUGUUAGACCUGAUAGAAGAUCCAGCAAAAGACCGGAGAGCAUGGUUGCUCCCCAGGAACAGAAGAGAACUGUUCCUUCUCUCAAGAUCAGAAUAAACCAUCCAAACCAGAGCAGCGCUACAUCCGAUUUUUUCACCUGUAUGCUUAAGGACACAACAUCAGAGCACAAAGCUCACCUCUUUGACCUGAAAUGCAAGAUAUGCACAGGCCAGACACUACCCGGGGAAGAGGAUGAACCCUCAAAGAAAAAACCCAGGAUCUCAGAAACAAAAGAAAGGAACGAACCCUCAUGGAGAAGGUACACAGGAGGUGACUCUCCUCUGCGGGCGCCACCUGACUCACCAGACAUGGACUCCCCAACAUCCUGCCUUGUCAUUGACUCUCCAGUAUUGACCAUUGAAGAAUCCCCUGCUUCUCCCAUGAGGGAUUCUCCAGCCUCCCCAACUUUAGAGUCUCCUGCUUCCCCUGUCUCAGAGUCCCCUGCAUCCCCGACUCCAGACAUUCCUAAAGCUACUACAACAAAGAAAGCAUACACACCAGUUGUGAUUCCAGCUGUCUCCACUGUGACCAUCUCAAGACGUGAUCCCCGCACUGCAGCAAGCAGGUUCUCUGCAUCGUCUAGUAGCUCCUCUGGUCCCAGCAACACAACCCUUAACCAAUCAUCCCCUUAUAUGUCUAUUAAAGAGAAUAGCUCUGCCUUGACCUCUGCAUCAGGAUCCUCACUAGCAUCGGGAUCCUCACUUCCACCAACAAAACCUUUACCGAAAUCUAUCUUAAUGAAGCCGUCGUCCGAUCCUCGACUCUAUUGCCCAUCAUCAAGGACUGAGAUCUCUGAAUCACCGGGUGCUGGAGAGACUGCUCAGUUCCUUUCUAAGCAAGAGAUAAUGUGGAAAGGCUUCUUAAACAUGCUCAAUGUCGCCAAGUUCGUAACGAAGGGAUAUCUGGUUUCAGGAUCUGCUGAAAUCCUAAAAGCGGAUCUACCGGAUACCAUACAAAUUGGGGGACGAAUCAUGCCUGAAACAGUUUGGGACUAUGUUGCAAAGCUAAAGACAUCUGUUAACAAGGCAAGCACCCGCAACAGAUGA